CGAGACGGUCAAGCAGCUGGUGGACUUCAUGUACAGCGGCUCGCUGGUGGUGCUCCACUCGCAGGCGCUCUGCAUCCUCACCGCCGCCUCCAUCCUGCAGAUCAAGACCGUGAUCGACGAGUGCACGCAGAUCAUCUCGCAGAGACGCGCCGCCGUGGCAGGAGCCGGGCCUCUAGGGAGCGCGCUGCCCAAACAGGAGGAGGGGAAAGAGCGGGAGAACGCGGCGCUGCAGGGCUUCGCUUACGGCAUGAGCGGGGACUGCGGCUCAGACAUGGCAGCCGUGCUGGUGGGCGGAGCUCAGGGGGAGGGGGGCGGAGUCAGCUCACUAAUGGCCCUUGGCGAGGUCGGAGGUGGGGCCAUGUGUAGAGGGGAGGGGCUGGGUGUGGCCGGGGGCGGGGCCAUGCUGAAGCCCACCAGCUGCUCGCAGGAGAUCAACUACAUGCUGAACCCGGAGCGCGGUGUGAAUGUGGGCGUGCAGAACAUCGCCGCCAAUGAGCGCGGUCACAUGGGGUCUCCCAGCGGCAUGGGCCUGGAGCUGGUGGAGCGAUUCAACGGCGAUGACGAGAGAGACGCGCAUGACACGGACCGAGACCGACAGACGGCGCACACGCGCAAACAGAGACAGCCGCUGAGACUGCAGGUGCUGGCUGGAGAGCAGGUGGUGGUGAAGGAUGAGGACGGUCUGUUUGAGAUGGACGAGAGAGCAAACGCAGCGCAUCAGCCCGCCUAUGCACAGGUACAUCUCAGAAAAGCCUUCUUUCACAGGAAUAUGGAGGAUGCGUGAGGUGAAUCUGUUGCUACAAAUAGCCCACAAUUCUUUGCAUCGGCGCAAACAUUAGUUUGAAAAAAACU